AUGUUAACUUUUCAAUUACAAUAUCAACUAUUAGUGGGUGAUGCAAUAUAUAUUUCUGGUGAUUCUGACUACUUUGGUAAUUGGUCUUUGAAUUAAGCUAAACGAAUGUAAUGGAAUCAAGUAAGUCAAGUCUCUUAAAUAGGGUCAUCUUUGGACCAUUGAUAUCCCUAUCCAUGAUUUCCAAUACAAAUACUUCUCAUCUACCUUUAUCAAACCUAGUGAUGUUGAAUGGGAAUCUGGUCCCAAUCGUCUAAUGAAAACAACUGAAUCUUCACGUAAUAAAUAUUUAAAUUCCUAAAGGCAUAGAUGACAUUUGGAAUCAUAGAAAAGUGAUGUUCCAAUUCUAUAACCCUUAGAUGUAUCCAAUGCUUAUUUCUGGAUCAACUUUAGAUCUUGGUAAUUAUAUAAAAAGAGUAAGCAUGAAAUAAAAAUAAGAUAUAUCUUAUAAAAAAAUAAUUGCCAAUGUUAUUGAAGAUAAAGUAAUUCAUUAUCAAUUCCAUAUUAAAACUAAAAAACAUUACUCAAGUCCAAUAUUGUGUUUAUAUAUGGACGGGUCAGUCUCACAAAAAUAAAAUCUCAACUUUUCAUACAAGAACUACAUCGUAGCUUUUUGCGAAGGAAUUGAAAAUAAAAAGAGAUCAAUCUAUUAGUUGGAUAAUCAUAUUUGUUAUGGUUAUAUACCUAAUGAUAAAACUGAUUUUAAUAUGCUAAAGGAUUAUAAUCUCUACACUAUAGUUGAAUUCUCUAAUUAGGUUGAAUAGCCAACAUAUUGUGUUAAAUUUGGAGACUUCAACUAUCAUACAGUCAAUUUCUGUUCCGAUAUGAAUGAAAAAUACAUUUCUAGACUUUGUUCCUUUAUUCAAAUAUUAAUAACUAAAUAUCAUGUAAACAUCUAAUUAAUAUAGUAGAUUAUUUAUGUGUGUAACAAUUCUUUGUCUCAUUUGAGAAGGUAUCUACAAGUGUACAAAAGUCUAGGAAUAUCGUAAUGA